CGCAAAAUUAUGAAAAGAAAAAUGAAAGGAAGGAAAGAAAGCCCUAGAAAGUAGGAAUUUCCCUCCUUUCAUUUUCAUCAAUUACAAACCAAGCAAUCUCCUUUCAUUUCUCUUCCUCCUCCUCCUCCUAUAAUACCUCUCUAUCGAAUUAAAAACACAUAAUAAUAAUAUAUAUAAUAAUCCCAGCAGUAACACAACAACAAUGAAGAAACAACAGUUAUGAAUUUCAAAAAAAAUUAGAGAAAAAGGGAAUGGUGGGGUCAAGGCCGAGUCUACCUUCAUGGUUAACUGCAGCAACUACAAGGGUUGAUUUUGAAGGAAACCUUUCGUCCAUGUCUUCUUCUUCUGUUUCUGAUAUGAAUUUGGGGUUUGGAGAGAGGACUUUCUCUGCCGCUGGUGCCGCUGCCAUCUCUGCUGUUCUCUUUAACCCUCUCGAUAUCGCCAAGACAAGGUUGCAAGCACAGGCUGCGGGAGUUCCCUAUCACUAUCAGGGACCAUGUCAUAUGGCAUGUUUUUACACAAACACGAUGCUUCCCGAUUUGAGAUCGACCCCAUCAUCUGCACGUGCAGUUCUUGGCUCUGAACCACCAGUAUGCCCUUCAGAUUGUAGCCGGUAUACGGGAACACUGGAUGUUUUAUACAAAGUCAUACGUAAGGAAGGCUUUGCUAGGCUGUGGAGAGGCACAAAUGCAAGCUUAGUGUUGGCUGUGCCAACUGUUGGCAUCUACUUGCCUUGUUAUGAUAUAUUCCGUAAUUCAAUGGAAGAAUUUACGACUCAGAAUGCUCCAAACUUGACUCCAUAUGUCCCAUUAGUUGCAGGGUCUGUUUCACGGUCAUUAGCUUGUGUUUCUUGUUACCCUGUUGAACUGGCAAGGACCCGCAUGCAGGCUUUUAAAGAAACCCAAAUUGGGGUGAAGCCUCCAGGAGUGUGGAAGACAUUGCUUGAGGUCAUCAACCCACUCAAGAGCACAAACCUUCUUCAAAAUUUGCAAAACUAUCGUGUAUUGUGGACCGGACUUGGAGCACAACUUGCACGUGAUGUUCCUUUCUCUGCAAUCUGCUGGUCAACUCUCGAGCCGAUCCGAAGAAGAAUUCUUGGACUGGUGGGUGAUGAAGCCAGUGCACCCUGCAUCCUUGGAACAAACUUUUCUGCUGGUUUUGUUGCAGGAAUCCUUGCGGCUGCUGCUACAUGUCCGCUAGAUGUGGCAAGAACCCGUCGGCAGAUAGAGAAAGAUCCUGUGAGGGCAUUAAAGAUGACGACAAGGGAAACUUUGGUGGAAAUUUGGAGGGAUGGUGGAAUGAGGGGGCUAUUUACCGGACUUGGUCCCCGUAUUGCUCGUGCUGGCCCCUCUGUUGGCAUUGUUGUCUCCUUUUAUGAAGUUGUAAAGUAUGCUUUACACCAGAGAUACCUAACUCAAUGAUCAGGAGCCACUCCCUCAGCCUUUGGGAUGACUAACAUCGAUGGUGCAUUCCUUUUACAAAGCUAACUGUUCUUUGCACAUGGAUGAUCACAUCAAUGUUUGAAAGGAAUAAACAGAGUUACACCCAGGUCCACUUACCAAGAUAUUUCCAAUAAACAGAGUUAGACAAGGUCCUACUUGACGUUGAUGUGCCUGCCAUUGCAGGAUGUUUGUGCUUGAGAUCCAACAAAUAAUGCUUAUGCAAAAAUAAAUUUCUUUUUCUGAAGUCUGAAGUACCAAGAUCACAAUACUAUUUUUCAUUUCUUUUACAUUUCAAAAGCUUGUUUUCAGCAUUGUAACAGAAUCUCUCUUCAAUUGCAAUUGCAAGUACCACAGAUUCUUUAAGGCAA